GCGGCGCUUCAGCUGAUUCCUCGCUCUCUUCUGUCAGAGCGCGCGCAUCGGAACGUGGUCUCGAGCGCUGAAUAUUGAUAAUAAUAUAUUUAACACUUGUAAAAAUAAAAAUAAUCUUAUAAUAUUUCUCUGAAAACUGAAGAUGCUGAACGUCGUGGCCAAGCAGCUCAGGAGUCACCCGGCUCUGAUCCCUCUGUUCGUGUUCAUCGGUGGUGGAGCGACCAUGUCUGCGCUCUAUCUUUGCCGUCUGGCUCUGAAGAACCCGGAGUGCUCAUGGGAUCGCACCAACAACCCAGAGCCCUGGAACAAACUGGGCCCCAAUGACCAGUACAAGCUCUUCUCGGUCAAUAUGGACUACUCCAAACUGAAGAAGGACAGGCCGGACUUCUAAAGCAUUCCCAUGCUCGACUGACGGGUGCGCUUCAGCACCCCAGAAGCCAAUCCGCACAAAAACCAGAGAGCAUAAAUCCACCAUGGCACUGAGGUCAUCAUCAUUUCAGACAGAGGAUGGGGAACACAUUCAAACUGCCUUUAUAUACAUUUGUGUGCACAAAUACAUAAAUAAACACAUGUUUUUGUACUGUAAACAUUUUAAACCUGAACAGUAUUUAUUGCCAUGUAGUACCAGG